AUGCUUUUAGAUAAGAUAAAUUUACUGCGGCCAAAAAAACCCCAAGGCUUAGCACGUCAAGUAUAUGUUAAUGAAACAUUACCAAAAAGUAAACUUGAUGCAAAAGGACAGCCACUACAAAGAUAUGUCACAAACAAAGUAAAAACGUCGAAAUAUUCCCUUUUAACAUUCAUACCGAAAAAUCUGUACGAACAAUUUCGUCGUGUGGCAAACUUUUUUUUUCUUGCGUUGGUUAUAUUGCAAUGGUUUCCCGAAUUCUUGACUAUAAAUCCUGUUGUGGCGGCAUUACCAAUGUUUAUCAUUAUAAGUAUUACGGCUAUAAAGGAUGGAUUUGAAGAUUGGAAGCGUCAUGUGACAGAUAAGACUUUAAAUAAUCGAAAGACAUGGACACUUCAAAAUUGGCAAAAUUAUAAUUGUUCUGAUGAUUCAAUGUCUACUAUUCAGCGUGUAAAAUCAUUUUUUACGCGAAAACCAAUACAAAGAACUGUUCAAAGUGGAGAACCGGAAUGGCAAAAGACUCUUUGGAAAGAUGUGCGAGUGGGCGAUUUCAUUAAGCUUGAAAAUGAUGACUUCAUUCCAGCUGAUGUUCUUAUACUUUCCACAUCUGAACCGAAUUCCUUAUGUUAUGUCGAGACUAAAAAUCUUGACGGUGAAACAAAUUUAAAAAUUCGACAAACAGUUCCCGAAACAGAUCACAUCAGUACACCGAAAGACUGCGCAUCUAUUAAAUUCUUAGUAGAUUCUGAACCACCGACCACAAAUCUAUUCAGCUAUAAUGCAACUUUAGUAUUUCCAGAAGGUCUACCAGAUCGGCCACGCGCUCGUGGUAGCGCAAUAAAAGUACCGAUUAAUUUGAAUGCAAUGUUAUUGAGGGGUUGUGUAUUGAAAAAUACAGAAUGGGUAAUCGGAUUAGUGGUGUUUACUGGAACUGAUACGAAACUUGCGUUGAAUUCUGGUAAAACUCCAUCAAAACGAAGUCGAAUUGAAAAACAGAUGAAUCCACAAAUAUUAAUUAAUUUAUUUCUAAUGGUAAUCUUGUGUACUUUAUGUGCUAUUGGAACAAAAAUUUGGGAAUCGAUCUACGUAAACAAAGACUCUCCUUUUUUGAACCAAAAAGGAACUAGUACUGAUAAACCUGGAUAUAACGCUUUCAUAGCUUUCUGGAAUGCAAUGGUCACAUUUCAGAAUAUUGUACCAAUUUCUCUUUAUCUCUCAAUUGAAUUUAUUAAAAGUGUUCAAGCCUUCUUCAUUUACAUGGAUGAUGAAAUGCGAUAUGCAAAAACUGAUACACCGUGUAUUCCAAAAAAUUGGAAUUUAUCUGAUGAUUUGGGUCAAAUCGAAUAUAUAUUUUCGGAUAAAACCGGUACACUCACCCAAAAUGUGAUGGAAUUUCGAAAAUGUUCCAUCGGGGGAAAAAUAUAUCACGGAACUCCACCAGAGACCAAAAAAAUAGAUGUAGACAUUUCUGAGAAAUCAAAAAAGAAGAAAGACACGAGCUCUACCGCGUCAAAUUCAUCAAAUAAUUUAGAUUCGUCUGCAGAACCAGAAAAUUCUCCUUUUUUUGAUGCAGAAUUAUUGAUCGAUAUGAAUAAUUCCAAGAAUUUAAAACAUAUAGAGGCAAUUAAGGAUUUUUGGAUACUUUUAGCUGUGUGUCAUACUGUUCUUGUCAGUUCAACACCGGAAGGCGAGGUUUAUAAAGCUCAGUCACCUGACGAAGCAGCUCUUGUCAGGGCAGCAAAAGAUAUUGGUUAUGCUUUUCGGUCUCGUGAAUCUAACAUCAUUGUCAUUACUGAUCCGGAGGGUAAAGAAAUUCAAUAUGAGCUAUUAAAUAUUUUAGAAUUCACCAGUGCAAGAAAAAGAAUGAGUAUACUUUUAAAGUCUCCUGAAGAUGGAACAAUCACAUUGUUUUGUAAAGGUGCCGAUAAUGUUAUUUUUGAGCGGUUAAGUGCCGGCCAAGAUUAUAUGUUUAACACUACUGGUGAACAUUUAGAAGAGUUUGCUAAAGAAGGUCUAAGAACUUUGUGUUUGGCGAAAAAGACUAUUGAUAUCAAAGCAUAUGAAAAAUGGAAUAUCGAAUACCGUGAAGCUUCGACGUCAAUUGUUGAUCGCGAAAGUAGAAUUGAAACCGUUUGUGAUCAAAUUGAACAAAAUCUCUCUCUUCUUGGAGCAACUGCUAUUGAAGAUCGUCUCCAGGAUGGUGUUCCUGAAUGUAUUGCAACUCUAAAGCGUGCUGGUAUCAAAAUUUGGGUUUUGACUGGUGAUAAGAUGGAAACAGCAAUUAGUAUUGGAUUCUCCACUUGUUUGUUGAGUAAAGAUAUGAGUUUGAUAAUUGUACGUGGUGGUGCAUAUGGGGAAUCUGGUAGUGCAUAUGAACAAAUGAGGAAUGCGAUGGAAAAAUUUUUCGGCACAGAUCCAGAAAUUCAACAAAAAAUUCGAUCGACUGAAGUCCCUCCAUUGAAUCAAUUUAGCAGUACUCCACGUAAUUCCACAUCACAUGCACGCACCGGAUCAAUAUAUUCAAUGAAGUCUGGUGUAUCGACUUCUCCACGUGCUGGUGGUCACGCUCUCGUAAUUGACGGUGUAGCUCUUAAAUAUGCAUUAGAAGAGCCAUGGAGUCGAGAUUUAUUGCUGGAGCUUGCUUGUCGGUGUAAAGGAGUUAUAUGUUGUCGUGUGUCCCCUCUACAAAAAGCAAAAGUUGUCGAGUUAGUUAAACAAGGAAAAUCAGUGAUGACUUGUGCUAUCGGUGAUGGUGCCAAUGAUGUUAGUAUGAUCCAGGCUGCACAUGUUGGAAUUGGGGUGGCUGGCGAAGAAGGACUGCAGGCUGUCAUGGCUUCAGAUUACGCUAUAGCUCAAUUUCGAUAUUUGACGCGCCUAUUGCUUGUACACGGUCACUACGCAUAUGUCCGAAAUACAUCAAUGAUCCUGAAUUUCUUUUACAAAAAUCUUAUCGGUGUUGCAGUUUUGGCAAUAGGAGUGUUUGAUCGAGAUUUAUCGGACAGAGUCGCAAUCGAAGUACCUGAAUUAUAUCAAUGGGGAAUUUUCCAGAAAGCCUUUUCAAUGCUUCGAUUUUUCAUCUAUAUGGCUGAAGGACUUUAUCAAUCAUUGGUGUGCUUUUUUGUACCGUAUUUUGCAUAUCAAAAGGGGACUGUCAAUAACAAAGGGUUUCAACCAGAUUCUUUAGAAAUGGGUUCUACGAUGGCUAUUGCUUGUAUAAUGCUAGCGAAUUUAUUCGUAGGAUUCAAUAUGCAAAGUUGGACGGUAUUUCACUUCGUAGCGGUAUUUGGGUCGAUCGCAUUAGUAUACAUUUAUGUUGCGGUUUAUACUCUUCUUCCAUUUUCGGGACUUUACGGAUAUGAAGAAACCAUUUAUGGUAAUGCAGUGUUUUGGCUUUGUAUUAUAUUAAUAGUGGUCCUCUCAAUACUGCCCCGAUACUUGGUCAGAUACAUACAACGACUUUUGAAACCCCAUGAUAUUGAUAUAGUACAAGAAAUUUGUAAACAAGAUCCGAAUCAUGAUUUCAUACAUGAUCGUAAUUUCAUGCCAUAUGCUACAAAUCUUCGACGACAACUUACUCGUGAUUCAAAUCACACGGGAUCCGAGUCUAUGAAACCAUUUAAUAGUGAUGGAGAUGUACAAACUCCGCGUGCAAGUUUCGCGACAGAUCGCACAAUGCCUAUAUUGUCUGAUUCAGACACACCAUCGGUACCCUCAAUCCCAAUGGAGUAUUUAGCAGCCUCGAGUGAUUCACCUGAAGGAGCCGCAAGCAUAACCUAUAUGCGAACUGGAGUAACAACAUCAAUGCGUGGUUAUGCUUUCUCGCAAGAAGAAGGAACUGGACGAAUGAUUAUGCCGUCAUUAAGACGUCGUAAAACAAAUCCAGGGCCAUUGGGGAGAGUUAGUGCAAUCAAUUACGAAUCAGGAUCUUUACGUCGUCGAAGUUUACCGGAUGUUCGAAGUGCGAGGGAUGUACUUGACAUUUUAGGUGGUAAUAUACCAGUUAUUGAAGGAGAUGUAGAGGAUGUGAAACGUGCGGGUGAACGAAUACGCAUGGUACAAUUUACCGAGUCUAUAAAAGGGGAUAGUGUCAACAGUAGUAUGAUUAGUGAAUAUGAUGCUGAUACUAGUGAAAACAAUAAUUUGUCGAAUACGAACACUGCUCGGGAAGAACAAAAAGCAGUAGAUAAAAUAAUUUUACUUUUAAUAUGA